AUGCCUGCUGAUUGGAUUCAGCAACUUCCCAGAGCUGGAAUAGUAAAUGUGGCUCCCAACAGUUCCCUCAUGAGACAAGAAAAUCGCAAGAAGCAAGCUGAAGAAGAAGCGAGAAGGCGCUUAGAGGAAGAGAGGCGUGCCUUUGAGGAAGCCAGGAGGCACAUGGUAAAUGAGGAGGAUGAAAACCAAGAUGCAGAAAAAGUUUUUAAAGAAUAUCGCCCUGGAAAACUCAAACUGAGUUUUGAAGAAAUAGAAAGGCAAAGGAGAGAAGAUGAAAAAAGAAAAGCAGAGGAGGAGGCCCGAAGGAGAAUCGAGGAAGAGAAGGCAGCAUUUGCUGAAGCAAGAAGCAUGGUAUUAGAUGAUGAUUCUCCAGAGAUAUAUAAAACAGUUUCUCAAGAAUCUUUGAUGCCUGGAAAACUGGAGAUUAAUUUUGAAGAAUUAUUAAAACAAAAAAUGGAAGAAGAAAGACGACGAACGGAGGAGGAACGGAGGCAUAAACUAGAAAUGGAGAAACAGGGAUUUGAGCAACUGAGACAAGAAAUGGGAGAGGAAGAAGAAGAAAAUGAAACUUUUGGAUUGAGUAGAGAAUACGAAGAAUUAAUCAAAUUAAAAAGAAGUGGUUCUAUUCAAGCUAAAAGUCUAAAAAGCAAGUUUGAAAAAAUUGGACAGUUGUCUGAAAAAGAAAUACAGAAAAAGAUAGAAGAACGAGCAAAGAGGAGAGCAAUUGACCUUGAAAUUAAAUAGCGAGAAGCAGAAAACUUCCACGAGGAAGAUGAUGUUGAUGUAAAGCCUGCAAAAAAAAGUGAAUCCCCCUUUACUCAUAAAGUGAACAUGAAAGCCAGAUUUGAACAAAUGGCUAAGGCAAGAAAAGAGGAAGAACAACGGAGAAUAGAAGAACAGAAGUUACUACGAAUGCAGUUUGAACAGAAAGAAAUUGAUGCAGCACUACAGAAGAAAAGAGAAGAUGAGGAAGAAGAAGAAGGUAGCAUCAUUAAUAGCUCCACUACUGAAGAUGAAGAGCAAACAAGAUCAGGAACUCCAUGGUUCAAAAAGCCUCUAAGAAAUACCUCAGUUGUAGACAGUGAGCCAGUCAGAUUCACUGUUAAAGUAACAGGAGAACCCAAACCAGAAAUCACAUGGUGGUUUGAAGGAGAAAUGCUGCAGGACGGAGAAGACUACCAGUACAUUGAAAGAGGUGAAACUUACUGCCUCUAUUUACCAGAAACUUUCCCAGAAGAUGGAGGAGAAUAUAUGUGUAAAGCAGUCAGCAAUAAAGGCUCUGCAGCAAGUACCUGCAUUCUUACCAUUGAAAGUAAGAAUUAAUUGGCUUUUGACCCUUUCUUUCAUUAAGGAAAUAAAUAGCAAAGAAAA